CACUGUGUGGCUCCUUCUUAUCUCUCAGCCCAGGGAGUCUCAACACCAGCCAUGCCCUGGGCCAGUGUUCUAACAUGCAAGAGGUGGCCCUGAGCCUUCUCGUCCUCCUGGCAGGCCUGCCUGCCCUGGAUGCCAACGACCCUGAAGAUAAAAACAGUCCUUUCUACUAUGACUGGCACAGCCUCCAGGUCGGUGGGCUCAUCUGCGCAGGGAUUCUGUGUGCUUUGGGCAUCAUUGUCCUCAUGAGUGAGUGGAGGAGCUGGGGGGAGCAGGAAGGGCAGGGCUGUGGGUCCCCUCCCCUGACAUUCCACCUGUCCCCAACAGGUGGAAAAUGCAAAUGCAGGUUCAGCCAGAAGCCCAGUCACCGUCCAGGGGACGCUCCACCUCUGAUCACUCCAGGCUCUGCUGAUAACUGCUGAGGAUGGACCAGCCAAAAGAGCACAUGCAGGGGCUUGUUCUGUCCCUAUGUCCUGGCUCAGCACAAGGGUCUGAACUCUGAGAUGGAAUUCUCCCUGCUUGACUCAGGCCACCUUGCCAGGGUCUUAUCUCACCUCUCAUUGGAGGGGUCAAUUUUUAAUCUAAAAUGAUUUUGCCUUCUGCCCAA